UUCCUUUGUCUUUCCUCCCCAGGUUUGUGCUGGCUGUGGGCAGUGCUGUCUUCGAUGCCAUGUUUAAUGGUGGCAUGGCCACAACCUCCACAGAGAUUGAGCUGCCUGACGUGGAGCCUGCUGCCUUCCUAGCCCUGCUCAAAUUUCUUUACUCAGACGAAGUUCAGAUUGGACCAGAGACUGUUAUGACAACACUUUACACAGCUAAAAAAUACGCAGUUCCAGCCCUGGAAGCCCAUUGUGUGGAGUUCCUGAAAAAAAACCUCCGAGCAGACAACGCCUUCAUGCUGUUAACACAGGCCCGGCUGUUCGAUGAGCCCCAGCUGGCCAGCCUGUGCCUGGAGAACAUCGACAAGAACACCUCAGACGCCAUCAAUGCAGAGGGGUUCACAGACAUCGACCUGGACACCCUGGUGGCAGUGCUGGAGAGGGACACGCUGGGGAUCCGGGAGGUUCGGCUCUUCAACGCCGUGGUUCGCUGGUCCGAGGCCGAGUGUCAGCGGCAGCAGCUCCAGGUGAUUCCAGAGAACAAGCGGAAGGUUCUGGGCAAAGCUCUCUCCCUUAUCCGCUUCCCACUGAUGACUAUUGAGGAGUUUGCAGCAGGGCCUGCCCAGUCGGGGAUCCUGACGGACCGGGAGGUCGUGAGCCUGUUCCUGCACUUCACCGUGAACCCGAAGCCGCGGGUGGAGUUCAUCGACCGGCCGCGGUGCUGCCUGCGGGGCAAGGAGUGCAGCAUCAGCCGCUUCCAGCAGGUCGAGAGCCGCUGGGGGUACAGUGGGACUAGUGACAGGAUCAGGUUCUCAGUAAACAAAAGGAUAUUUGUAGUUGGGUUUGGAUUAUACGGAUCCAUACACGGGCCAACAGAUUACCAAGUGAACAUACAGAUCAUCCACACGGACAGUAACACGGUCCUGGGGCAGAACGACACCGGCUUCAGCUGCGACGGAUCCUCCAACACCUUCCGUGUCAUGUUCAAGGAGCCCGUGGAGAUCCUGCCCAACGUCAACUACACGGCCUGUGCUACCCUAAAGGGUCCAGAUUCCCACUAUGGAACCAAAGGACUGCGCAAAGUGAUCCACGAAUCCCCGACAACGGGAGCCAAAACCUGCUUCACGUUCUGUUACGCGGCUGGGAACAACAACGGCACCUCGGUGGAGGAUGGACAAAUCCCAGAGAUCAUCUUCUACACAUAGUGCUGCUCCCAGCCCGCCCUGGACUCGACUGUCCCCCGGCACCUCCCGAACUGAAUCUCUGGCUGAGUUUGACCACACCAACUGGAGCCACACUAGCCAAAGGUCUUGGUGAAAUCAUUUCAAAGCUCAUGUUCUGCCUUGUGCUAGUGCUGCUGCUGCUCUCAGGUGCCAGUUGAGCUGGUGUCCCAGUGCCAGCCAGGCUGGUGUCCCAGUGCCAGGCGAGCUGGUGUCCCAGUCCCAUUCGUAGGUUGUCUGUGGCUUGUUGUUUCUCACCUCCUGAUUAACCCUUAUCUAACAACGUGCGUUUUUUUUGGACUGUAAUGAAUGUAGAUGCUUUUCCACCAGUCAGAAGCAAGGAAAUGAGUGGCUCUGGUUGUGGUUUCACUUGGCAGGAGGUCACCCUGCAGACAGGCACGGGCAGGGCUGGGGGCCCGUCCUCUGCUCCAGCUCAGCAGGCGAGGCCAGACCGUGGGGCUUGGCCGGCCCGUGCCCAGCACCUCCCUCCCUCCCUCCCUGCAGCCUCAGCACACACAGCCACCUUCAGAACUGGAGGAAAGUGGCCUCUUCCCUGAGGCUUUGCUGUUCCAGCACUACAUAGUCCUGAGGGAGACCUCGAACCCAACCACAGCCGGAGGGACCGCGGCGUUUUCCUGCUCUUCUCCCUGAUCUGUGACAAUCAGUUGGUGACAGCAAGGUGACCUCCCUGUGGAGUGGGAAGGGACAGGCCCUCCUGCAUCCUGAGUCCCCAUGGUGCUGCUUCCAAACCCCUGUUUCAGGCACUGGGGGAUGCUCAGCUCACCCCCGAGCAGCCCCAGCACAGGGCACCUGUACUGGUCGUUACUGGUUGUUACUGGUCAUUGCUGUGCUGGUCCUUUUCAGAGCCACCAGGGUUUGUCAGUGGAAGCAGAAGGGCACCUGCCUCACCUGCCCCCUGUUCCUGGGCACUCCUGCUGGUUCCAUCCCUUUCCUCUGUUCCUGUGCAUUGCUGCCCUGCCCUGGUGGGAGCAGGAAGAGAGGCUGGAUGUGCCCCUGCCUGGUGCCUGGUAACGCAGCAGAUGGACAAGGAUGGACCAAACGGUUCAGGAAAACCUGGAAUGUUCUCCGUGCCAGUGUGUGUGUGCCCAGUGCCUGUGGGGCAGGCCCAGGAGGGAGAUGCAGCACUCACAACAUCCCCUGUGGAGCUCAGUGACCUCGAAGAUGCCCCUCUGUACCCGUUCAGGGCUGGCUGCUCCCCAGAGUGGGGAAAGGUGGGUGCUGCUCCUGGUCACUGCCUGCUGGGGAAGACCACAGGACUCUUCCUGCCCUGCUCUGCAAAGGAAGCUGGAAUUAAGCUCAGCUUGGCUGUAGGACUGGAACCAGCAGAGUCUGCGUGGGACUGGCCAGGGUGGUGCUGCCUCAGAGCUGAGGUUCCCCUCAUGGACCCCCUGCUCUGCUCCAUCACACGGAGCCCUGUCACCCUCCUGCCACAGGAUUUCACUGCUGGAACUCGAAACCUGGUUGUCCUUGGCUGGUGCUCCUUUGCUGGGGAAGGGGAUCCCCUCCUCUGGCUCAGUCCUGGGGCUGUGCUGGGUGCUGGGAUCACCCUGCACCUCCUCCCCUGCAGCUGCCAGAGAUUCCCAGAGCGUGUCCCGAUCUCCAGGAACACAGUGUAAGCUCUGUCUUGUCAGCCUGACUCCAGUGGGAUGGUUCUGAUAUGGCCAGUACUGAAAAAUAAUAGAAAAAAGGAAGAAAAAAAAGGAAAAAAAAAAAAAAGAAGAAAAAAUCCCAAGUGGGUCCAUGACUUGGUGACUGAACCUGACUGUGCAAUGCAAACAGUGUUGUGAGGUGGAUUCACAGCCCGGGCACCCUCGGGAUGUACAUAAGCUGCUCCUGCUCCUGCUGCUGCCCCUCUCCCAGAGGUGGUGGGGACGUCACUGCUGGCACCCAGGGCCCCUGUUGGUGCCUUCCCCGGGGGGGCUGAUCUGGGUUCUGCACCUCGGGGCGUCUUGUACAGGUGGAAACAGUGGAAUGAUGGAAUUUGAGAGAAGCAAAGCUGCGCACUCGGCUCUGGGAAGAGCAGGGUGGGGCUGGCCCUGCCCGGCCGUGGUGGUGCCCUCUCUGCUGCCCUUCCCUGGAAGCAUCUGUUCUCUUAUUUUGUUACGUGAGUUCUCAUCCCAAAUCCCACCUUCCUGCCCUCCCCCCCCGGGGCAGGUCUGGCAGUGGAAGGAGAGGAGUCAAACUCUGAACUACACCCGAGCAAUUUCUGUUCUUAACGGCUUUUCCCGCAGUUUGAUGCAAUUCUGGCUUUUGUAGAUAGAUGAAUGUAAUUCCUUGUUGGACAUGCCUGUUCCCAAAGUAUGAGCCAUCCUGUUGUACCACGUCACCUUCCGAGCGGAGCGGGGCCGUCCCCUCCGUGCUAUUGAUGAAUGUAUCCGAUGCUCUCGUUCCGUGUUCACACUCUGCUUCUGGCCAGCUUUGUGAUUUGUAAAUAGGAAACAAUAAAGACACCCGGGUUGUCUUUA